AAUAGUACAGACUGAAUAAUUCGCAGACAAUAUUCAUAUCACCCAAGUGACGGCCAUGUGUUGUUGUAAUAGUAUUGUUGUUUUGUUGACACUGGUGCUGAAUUGUUGUUAUGGAUACAAGGUGCUUGCGGUGUUCCCUAUGCCAGGGAAGAGUCAUUCCAUCCUCGGGGAAGGCUAUGUUAGGCAUUUGUUGGCUGCUGGACACGAGGUGACCUACAUAACGCCUUUCCCAGUCAAAGAUCCUCCGUCGAGACUGCGUCAAGUUGAUAUAUCAGAGAAUUUUGCAUUUAUGCGUAACAUAUUAGACGUAAGGAAGUUUAUGAGCAAAGAGUUAGACAUACAGAACUACUUCCUUGUACACAAUGUGAUGAACAGUAUGUUGUAUGACACGUACCGAAUGCCCGUCAUACAGAAGUUUAUAAAUGAUCCAAAGGAGCAAUAUGACGCUGUGGUGGUUGAAUGGUUGUAUUCGGAGUUAAGUGCUGGGUUUUCGUCAGUGUUCAAUUGUCCGUUUAUCUGGGCAUCAUCAAUGAUCCCACACACGGCGGUGCUUUCGCUGAUAGAUGGUCACGUGAACCCCGCAUACUCUGUCGACCAUUUGUCUAGAGACUACACGACCACCUUCUGGGACAGACUGUACCACUGGUAUUACAUAACAAAGCUUAGUUAUCAAAGAUGGUCGGAACGCGAUACUUACAAUGACCAAUUCAAGAACGUUUUCGGAGAGGCGAUUACCAGAAGGGGUCACAAGCUACCACAGUUUGACGAUGUCAUAUAUAAUGGAUCCCUCAUGCUGGGCAACUCUCACCCUGCGACGGGGGAUAAUGUGGCUUUGCCUGAAAACUAUAAACAUAUCGGAGGUUACCACAUCAAAGAUGUCAUUGAGCCUUUACCAAAGGAUUUGCAAAAACUGAUGGACGAGUCCAAAGAUGGAGUGAUUUAUUUCAGCAUGGGCUCUAUGCUGAAGAGCAGUGAAAUACCAGAUGAUAUCAAGAACGGAUUACUCGAAGUGUUUGGCGUACUGAAGCAAACUGUCAUUUGGAAGUUGGAACAAGUUAUUCCAAAUGUACCAAAGAACGUUCAUGUUGUCACGUGGGCACCUCAGCAAAGCAUUUUGGCGCAUCCCAAUUGCGUGCUUUUCAUCACACACGGAGGUCUCCUCUCUAUAAUGGAGACCCUCAAUACAGGAGUGCCCAUAAUUGGAAUGCCCUUCUUCGCUGACCAAUACCUCAACAUAGCAAGAGCUUCGGCCAAAGGUUUCGGGAUGCGGUUAGAUCUUGAUGAAAAAGCCCCUGAAAAAUUGAGGGUGGCCAUAAAGAAUAUGGUGGAAAAUCCAAGCUACCGUCAAAGUGCAAGGAAGUUUUCCGCCAUCUUCAAAGACAACAUUGCGUCACCAGGUCAGCAGUUGGCUUACUGGGUGGAAUACGUCAUCAGAACACAAGGAGCCUUCCACCUUCGUUCCCCAGCGCUGCAGACCAGCUGGUAUAAAAAGCUUAGCUUGGAUAUAUUUCUAGUUUUACUACUUGGUGUUAUUCUAAGCUUUAAGCUCUGUAAAUCUUUAUUAGUGGUUAUAAAAAAUGGCAGUGGUCAUAAGAAGAAAACAGCUUAAUUAAUUAAAUUUGUUUUUUAUUAAUA